GUCAGUUAGCGUUAUUUUGGAGAGAGUUUUAAAUAUUCUUUCUAGAAACAGAGUAACGCUGUGAAUUUUUUAAAAUUUUAUUUAAAUUUUUAAAUUCACCCAUCCUUGGACCCUUGAGCCACUCGAGGAAGUCAUGAGAGAGUUUAGCGUCUUCUCCAUCUGGGUGUCUCUCAACCUGCUGCUGCUGGAGAGCUCAUCAUGUGCUGGUGACUCAGGUGUUGUGAAUCCCUGUUGCUACUACCCUUGUCAGAACUCAGGAGUGUGUGUGAGAUUUGGUACAGACGGCUACAAAUGUGACUGCACUCGAACUGGCUUCUAUGGAAAAAACUGCACUGUUCCGGAGUUCUGGACCAGAAUUCGUCUCAUGCUGAAGCCCAGCCCUACAGCGGUUCACUACAUCCUCACCCACUUUCAGUGGUUCUGGUACCUGGUCAACAACUCUUUCCUGCAAGAUACCUUCAUGAGAUUAGUGCUGACAGUCAGAAGUGACCUUAUUCCAAGCCCUCCGACAUACAAUACCAAAUACGGAUACCUCAACUGGGAGUCCUACUACAACAUCUCCUACUACACCCGCCUCCUCCCUGCUGUGCCUAAAGACUGCCCUUUGCCAAUGGGAGCUAAAGGUAAACCUGUUCUUCCUGAUCCCAAAGAGUUGGCAGAGCGAUUCUUUAGAAGAACCAAAUUUAAGCCAGACCCCCAGGGAACCAAUCUGAUGUUUGCCUUCAUGGCACAGCACUUCACCCACCAGUUCUUCAAAACAAACCAUGAUGUUCAUGGUGGCUUCACCAAGGCUUUAGGACAUGGGGUAGAUGCAAGUAAUAUUUAUGGAGAUAGCCUCAUGCGGCAGCUUCAACUCCGGCUUCAUAAAGAUGGAAAGCUGAAAUAUCAGUUAGUAAAUGGUGAGAUGUACCCCCCUACAGUAUCUGAGGCCCCUGUGCACAUGGUGUACCCUGAAGGUUUCCCUCCACAGCAUCGUCUGGUCACUGGUCAGGAGUUAUUUGGCAUCCUGCCGGGUCUCACCAUGUACGCCACCAUAUGGCUGAGGGAGCACAACAGAGUCUGCGAUGUCCUUAAGGCUGAACAUCCCACCUGGGACGAUGAGCAGCUUUUCCAGACCACCAGACUCAUCAUAAUUGGGGAAAUCAUCAACAUUAUAAUAGAGGAGUAUGUGCAGCAGCUGAGUGGUUACCAGCUGAAGCUGAAGUUUGACCCCUCCCUGCUCUUCAAUGUGCGUUUCCAGUACAGCAAUCGCAUCGCCCUGGAGUUCUGCCAGCUCUACCACUGGCACCCUCUGAUGCCUGACAGCUUCCUCAUCGACGGAGAUGAAAUCACAUACUCCCAGUUUUUGUACAACACCUCACUCCUCACGCAUUACGGGGUGGAGAAACUGGUGGAUGCUUUCUCUCGACAGCCUGCAGGACAGAUUGGUGGAGGUCACAACUCUCAUGAAGCUGUUCUCAAAGUGGCAGAAAUGGUCAUCAAAGAGUCCAGAACAGCACGUGUGCAGCCCUUCAAUCAGUACAGGAAGAAGUUUAAUCUGAGGCCAUACACCUCUUUUUCUGAGUUUACUGAUGACAAAGAAAUGGCAAGAGGUUUAGAGGAACUCUACGGGGACAUUGAUGCUUUGGAGUUUUACCCUGGAGUCAUGCUGGAGAAAGCACGUCCGAAUGGUAUAUUUGGUGAGAGUAUGGUUGAGAUGGGUGCUCCCUUCUCCCUGAAAGGCCUGCUGGGAAACCCCAUCUGCUCCCCUGAGUAUUGGAAGCCCAGCACCUUCGGGGGAGAGACAGGCUUCAAUAUCGUCAAAACUUCCACUUUGAAGAAACUGGUGUGUCUCAACACCAAGUGGUGUCCGUACGUGGACUUUCAUGUUCCACGCAAUGAGGAGGAGGCAAAACCGAGGAAACCAUCUACUGAACUUUAAUGAAUAUUCACCUGGUGACUGCAUUAAUCACAGUCAUUUUUAUUAUAUGUGUGUUGUAAAUUCUGUCAUAAUCCCACUCAGACUGGAGGAGAGAAAGGGUGAUUUCACUUGUGCACUUGCCUGUAGUGAAUAGUACAGUGUAUAUAUACCUCCUGAAAAUACAGCUGACAAAUUGUACACACUCUUUUCUGUUGAUAUCAAUGUAUACAUUACCAUUUAGCAAAAUCUCUGGACCAAUGAAAUGAAUUUGAAUUUGAUUAUGGUAUACCUGAGUGAUUGAUUUGUUCUUUAUCUUACUUUUCCUUUGUCUUAUUUCAUUUUCAAAAUAAA